CACCGGCAAUCUCUUUCGUGUGAUAGAUAGUUAUAUUUUCUCUCUCUAGAAAAUUAGGUUUCUCAAGAUCCAAGCACUCACAAACACGUAUUCUUCAUUUUCUCUCUCUUCCCUAGACAAAGUUUGGGCCUUUUCUCUCUCUCUCUCUCUCUCCUACAUCUAUACAAGGGGUGGAAGGCCAUGUAACUUGUUUGAACCAGACUCGAAGUGUUACGUUCUCAAUUUCAAUUGGCUUACUUGUUCUAUUGGUGUACACAUGGGUAAAUGCAAGGGUUGUGGGAAGUUAGGAAGAAUGGUGUCAAGACAUGGGUCUCUGAGUGUGUAUGAUUUUUCUCUUCUGCUCUCUCCUGUUGUUUCUGUUUGGGAAUGCAUUGUGCGUAAGAUAAAGUAUCCACUAAGACCCGAGUGGGUGUAGGUGUAUGUCUUGACAUUAAAUUAUUCCAAGUUUGGAAUUGAUUAGUAUUUACUAGUAUAGAAACCUAUACAAGGGGGAAAAAUAAAUAAAAGAAACAUUUAUAGAGAUAAUGUAUACAUCUUAGUUUUAUUUAAGAGAAAGAAGUUAAGCAAACAAGACUGAGUGGGUAGAGAGGUUGGUAAUCGAAUUGGAAACAUGGAGUGCACCAAAGUUCCACCUGGUGUUAGAAAAGCGAAGAAGAAGCAGGUGAAGGACGAGUUAGAUCGCAUCAAACAGGCUGAGAAGAAAAAGAGACGGUUGGAGAAAGCCCUGGCUACUUCAGCAGCCAUCCGUUCUGAGCUAGAAAAGAAGAAACAGAAAAAGAUUGAAGAACAACAGAGGCUUGACGAGGAGGGUGCUGCAAUUGCUGAGGCAGUUGCUCUUCAUGUCCUACUUGGUGAAGACUCGGAGGAUUCAUGCAAGAUUAUGCUGAAGAAGGAUACAGGGUUCGGUGCUUGGGAUUGCGCUAGCAAUGACCUCUUUAUGGGUGGAACAAGAGUGAUCCUUCCUCAUCAGGACCUCUCAAAACAUUCAUUGGAAGGAAGCAGGUGGGUUCCUUGUGCUCAUGGAUCUGAAUGCAAAUGGAACGAGUGGGGAAACAGUGAUGGGUCAGUCUCUCUUGGGCCUUUUGGGUUGGAUCUUUACACGCCAUAUUCUGAUGAUAGAGUUUGGGAGACAGCAGAAAUUUCUGCGGGUCAUAUUGCAGCACAGGCUGUUGCCUCACUCCAAAUUGCAGAAGAUGCACAUGUUGACUCUUACGUAUUCAACAGAAUGUUACGAGGGUAAGAAGACCACCAGAUGAACAGUCUCAUUUACGUGUUCUCCUCACCGUGUGGUAUCGUUUAUCGUAGUCAUGGUUCUCAAUAAUGUUGUGUAUAUAUUUGUCGUGCGCGAGCCCUUUCCGUUCAUUGGAUAUGAAGCUUUUAUUCUUUUUGAGUGACAUGAUUUUGAGUUGUGUCUUAAAGCUUGCUAUGUCAUUGUGAAGUGUUUGCGGGACAGAGACAUCAAUGAGCCAUAUAUCCGUUUUCUCUGCAGAGAGUGAUUUCCAUGAAUAUCAGAUUAAUGUCAUUGUAUCUGAGUUUCUAUGUAGUAUCAAAUUAACGCAUCUAUUUUGUGUUCCCAGUAUUGUGGUUGCAUUGCUUACCAAAUUACACGUCUCCAAGAUUCCUCAGUUGAAUAUAUCUUCUCUCAAAUGUGAUGACAGUUUGGAUUCAUGAAAGAGUUUAUCUUGCAAGUACUAUUUCUUAA